UGCUUCAAAUAUUCCAUUAAAAAAAAAAAAAAAACUUUCCUUCAAACCUAAUUCUGUCCCCUUUCUCGAUCUUUCCCAAUCAAGCUUGAAGGCUUGAAGUAGCAACGCUUGCAACAAGAUUUCGCUGAACAUUGAAGCUAGACGGACACUUUAGCUUCCGCAUCGUUCAAGCUCCGGCAACCCUCAACAGCGGCUGCAACUGAUUGGGAUUUUCUGGAAAGACAUUUUGAGUUUAAGGUGUAAUUAUGUUCCCUGCCACGAUAUAAACUCACAAAUAUAAACGAUGGUUGAGUUCUCUAUUACUAAUCAAAGAUAUACUUACAUAGAUGAUCAUAAAUGGCCUUCUGAAGAAAUUGACAUUCACCAUAUUAUAGUUCGGAAGAGCAAUGCAAAAGGUUUCAUUGUAUGCGUAUCAGCUUUUGUUGUUUUAGCAAAUGGCCUUUGUCUCUUUCUAGUCAAGGAUAUAUCAAUCAGCAUUAUUUUCUGGAGCUUUCUUUUAAGUGCAAUCCUUGUCAAAUUAAUGUUUUGGAAGUCUGUUGUAAAAGAGUCUGUUGUGGUAAUGCCAGCUUUUGGGGUCCAACUUGAAACUCAUUAUAGAAGCGGAAGAAUUGCCCGCCGCUUUGUUCCCAUUGGCAAGAUUUUGAAACCUGUGCUGCUAGAAUGUGUGACUCCAAUUACUUGUUACUGGAGCCUGUCCCUUAUUUUACGUGGGGAAGCAGAUUUAAUGUUGGUUUUUAAGGAAUUGCAUCCACCUAUGAAGAUGUUGGUCCCUAUCUGGAAGGCCUUGUGUAUUGCCUGUGGCAGUGAAGAAAGUUCAGACCCCUCUAUAAAAAAUGGCUAACGCCAUUGAAGGAUUUAAGAUGAAGGGAAUUGAUGAUGUUAUCUUGUUCUUUAAGCUAUUCCUAAUCAUUUAUUGAUAUUAUUCAUUCACCAUAAUUCAUGAUAGGCAUUUUUUCAUUGGACAUCUCUUAGCCCCAGCUCCAAAAGCAGUAGAUUAGGACUUGGCUUGAUUGAGCAACUGCAUUAAGCGCUCAUUGAAUUUUAGUUGAGGCAGCAAAGGGCGAGGGUUUGAAAGUAGACAGUUUAGCUUUCUAAAGUUUGGGGUCCAAAACAUGUACACACAUCACCAGUUUGUUUAAACUAAAGUUAAUACUUUUCUUCAGUAGUAAA